AUGCACGCCACAACCCUAAUAUUCACCUCAAGCCUAUUAACUAUCCUCGCACUACUCACCUACCCCUUAACCACCACAAUAAACCCAAACCCAAGCCAAAAAACCUGAGCUACAGCACAAGCCAAAACCUCCGUACAAGCAGCAUUCUACAUCAGCCUUCUGCCACUUUUCAUCUUCACAGACCAAGGCAUAGAAACGAUCACAACCAGCUGACAAUGAAUAAACACCAUAACCUUCGACAUCAAUAUCAGCUUUAAAUUCGACCAAUACUCAAUCAUCUUCAUACCAGUAGCCCUAUACGUGACAUGAUCAAUCCUAGAGUUCGCCUCAUGGUAUAUACACACAGACCCAAACAUAAACCGAUUCUUUAAGUAUCUUCUAAUAUUUCUAGUAGCCAUAAUAAUUUUAGUAACCGCAAACAAUAUAUUCCAAAUCUUUAUUGGCUGAGAGGGAGUAGGAAUCAUAUCAUUUCUCCUCAUCGGAUGAUGAUACGCCCGAGCAGAUGCAAACACCGCCGCACUACAAGCAGUAAUUUACAACCGAGUAGGAGACAUCGGACUAAUUAUAAGCAUAGCAUGACUAGCAACAAGCCUAAACUCAUGAGAAAUACAACAAAUAUUCAUCUCCUCACAAGACAUAGACCUCACACUUCCAGCCAUAGGACUGAUCCUUGCGGCAACCGGAAAAUCAGCCCAAUUUGGCCUCCACCCGUGACUCCCAUCCGCAAUAGAAGGCCCAACACCAGUCUCCGCCCUAUUACACUCAAGCACCAUAGUGGUAGCAGGAAUUUUCUUGCUCAUCCGACUCCACCCAUUAAUAGAAGACAACCAACUUGCCCUAACAACUUGUCUAUGCCUAGGGGCACUCACAACACUAUUCACAGCCACAUGCGCCCUGACACAAAACGACAUCAAAAAAAUCGUAGCAUUCUCAACAUCAAGCCAACUCGGACUAAUAAUAGUCACAAUUGGUCUCAACCAGCCACAACUAGCUUUCCUUCACAUCUGCACACACGCCUUCUUUAAAGCCAUGCUUUUCCUAUGUUCAGGCUCCAUCAUCCACAGCUUAAACGACGAACAAGACAUCCGGAAAAUAGGAGGAAUACACAACCUAAUGCCCUUCACCACAUCAUGUAUAACUAUCGGAAGCCUAGCCCUAACAGGAACCCCCUUCCUAGCCGGAUUCUUCUCCAAAGACGCCAUCAUUGAAGCACUCAACACAUCCCACCUCAACGCCUGAGCCCUCACACUAACCCUAAUCGCCACUUCAUUCACAGCAAUCUACAGCUUCCGAAUCAUCUUCUUUGCAUCAAUGGGCACCCCACGAUUUCUACCAAUAUCUCCAAUCAACGAAAACAACCCAUCAGUAAUUAACCCAAUCAAACGACUGGCAUUAGGAAGCAUCAUCGCCGGACUAAUCAUCACCUCAAACCUUCCAUCAACCAAAACACCAAUUAUAACCAUACCGACCACCCUUAAAAUAAGCGCCCUAAUAGUAACAAUCACAGGCCUACUAAUGGCAAUUGAACUAUCCAGCCUAACCAACAAACAAUUCAAAACUACCCCCACAAUACCAACACACAACUUCUCCAACAUACUAGGGUUCUUCCCAAUAGUAAUCCACCGAAUGACACCAAAAAUUAACCUAACCAUAGGACAAGCCGUGGCCUCGCAACUAAUUGACCAAACAUGAUUCGAAAAAGUCGGACCAAAGGGGGCUGCCUCAUGCCAAAUCCCAAUAAUCAAACUAACCAACGACCUCCAACGAGGAAUAAUUAAAACAUACUUAAGCAUUUUCCUCCUAACAACCGCACUAAUCACCAUCUCAUUUACCCUACACUAA